UUAAGCAUUGUGCGGCCACAUUCCUCACCGUGCUGAUGCAGGAUGCUAUAAAUAUAAAGGCCGUGCGAUGUUCGUAUCCGUGAGAGUGUGGCAGCAUCGGUCGCGGCAGGCUUUGUUGACGGACGUGAUGUCGGCCUCUCUUCAUUACCUCGUUUUAGCCUCCUGUCUACUAUUUCAAGGCGCAGUCGGACAGACGACGUCGAGCGGCGGCUUGGCCAGCUCCAAUGGCACGCAGGCGCCGCUCAGCUGCCGCGAGGAGCUGAAUGCAUCGGUGGGCCAGUUCCGCUACAACACAAGCAUGGGCCCCAGCUGCAAUUGGGACAUUAAUGUGCCCUCCGGAAGAGUCGUCACCAUCGUCUUCUUCAGGACCGGCGACUGCAGUGGCAGCGUAACGGUUCGCGACGGCAGCAAUGCCACCACGGAGCUGCCCCAGAGCUGUGCAUCCAGCAACUACCACAGCUACUCAUCGCCCGCCGGCGGUGGCAGCACCGUGAGUGUCGUCGUCGACACAAGCCACCUGGGUGGCAACUACUUCGACUUGAGCGGCUUCUACUACGCAUCUCCAGCCGAUGCACUCUGCGGAGGCGUCAUUGAGCUGGCGGAAGAGACCAUACUGUCACCGGGCUUCCCAGGCGACUACCCUAGCCAUGCCGAGUGCUUCUGGACUCUGUUGGCGCCACCGGACAACGGGUUCACACUCUCCGUGUAUGACUUCCGUGUGAAUGCAGUAAAUGGGUCAGAAAGCCCGAACCGCCGGCCGGGAUGUCUGGGCAAUUCGGUGACGGUGUACAACGGCGAUGGGGUGCACACACCCAUACUGGACGUGCUGUGCAGGAACACACAAUCCAGCCAAAUUUUGAAAUCCCAGGGAAACAUGCUGAUCCACUUCAAGUCAGAGCUACAAAACCCCACUGGCGCAUUCAACUUGAACUUCAGGCAGAUCCGUACAGUCUCGUGUGGCAGAACAUUCAAUGGAACGGACGGUUCAUUCUCCACCAACUCGUCGACCCUCGACCCCUGCUACUGGCUGAUUGAGACCAGCCUCGACAAAGUUGUCUCUCUGAGUGGCAAUUUUUGUGGGUCUUACGAGAUCCACGACGGGCAGUCCAUCGCAGCGCCACUGCUGGGCAGCCAUGGCGCCGGCUCCAACUGCGACUCCGUAAGCGCCCUCGCUUCCGGACCCGCGGUGGUGCUCGUCACCUACGACCGAUUCCAGGUCACCUACCAAGCAGCAGAGAAGCGCACGUCCUUAGACUGUGACUUUGAGCAAGGCUUCUGUGGAUGGACACCGGUGGAUGAAGAUCAGUUCCACUGGGGGAUCUACAAGCACCGACAAUCCACGAAUCCCUACGGCGACCUCUACCCAUCCAGCGGCUCUUUCGUUGGGCUCAUCAGCCCUGACACCCAGUCUACGUGGAGUCUGCUCAGCCCUCCCGUGGUGAACACAAGCGGCUCCCAGUGCCUGAGCUUCUGGUUCCGAAUCAGCGGGGCCCUCGGCUCCCUGGGCUUGUACGCGACGGACGGCAGCUCCUCGCAGCGCUCUCGGCUAUGGGAGGCCUUCCCCUUGCCUGGCAUUCGCGAGCACUGGGGCACCGGGCUCGUCAAUAUCAGCGACAUGCACUACCAGUUGGAGUUUGUGGCCGACUCGCACGUCCAACCGCUCUACGCCGCGGAGCUGGAUAACGUUCGUCUGACCGAUGGAGCAUGCCCCCCAGCUCCCGGCCCGUGCUACCGUCAGCUGAGCGACCCUGCGGGAAGCCUCGAAUUGCCGCGGGUUUUGGAAAGCGACAACGACGCCUGCGUGUGGUUCAUCAGCGCCGCCCCCCAAAAGAGGAUUCGCCUCUCCCUGACCUUGAGCAGCACGACGGAGCGCAACGGCAGCGGCGGUGUCGCGGAUUCAUGCCAGGAGGAGGGCGCCGCCGUCGCUGUCGCCGUGCUGCACUCCCGAGCGCUCACCGAUCUGCCCAGCAAGGUGACGCCGGUGCGCGUGUUGUGCCGCCCGGGGUCUCUGGCCCUCACGGCACUGGACGGAACCGUCGUCGGGAUCAGCCUCCCCGCGUUCCGGAGCCACAAUUACACGCUGAACGCGACGUUCACGGAAAUCCCCUGCGCGGAGGAGCUGAUGGGGCCCAGCGGUGUGGUCCAGUCGUUCAACUUCCCGAGUAACUACGAGAAUGACGAGAGCUGCACAUGGCUGAUACGCGCAGUGGACGACCACAACAUCCAGCUCUCCUUCACCAACUUCAGCCUCGAGACGAACUACGACUUCGUGAUGGUGUACGAUGGCGACUCGGAUGGGUCACCUCUCCUGGGCACGUUCACUGGCCUCUCCACGCCCGGCGACGUCUACUCGACGGGGAGCACCCUUCUCGUCGCCUUCACCAGCAACGCCUACGAGACGUUCUCAGGCUUCUCCGCGCGCUACGAGACGUUUCGCAGAUGUUCCCUGAGUCUGUACGGAGACUCGGGCAGCGUGAGCAGCUCCUCCUCUGCCCAGCUGAGCUCCUUCACGACGGGCUUCUGCACCAUCACCAUCGACGUUCCGUACGGCUUCCUCGUCAAGUUGCACUUCCGCUUUUUCAACCUCUCCGAGGACGAGCUGUGCGAGGCGUCCUCGCUAUCCCUUUACAGCGGCGGCGCCGCCACGCAGCGCGGGAACGCCCUCGGUGUCUUCUGCGGCCAGAGGCUCCCGCCCGGUGCUCGCUCCCUCUCCAGCAAUAUGACCGUCGUGUUCAAAGUCAAGGGCACCCUCGCGCCAGGCCAAGGCUUUGGGUUUGAUUUUUACAAAGUCUCUCCACUGCAGGCUUCUAAAGCGUGCGGCUGGGCUCCCAUGAAGGAACGCGUGAGCAGGAAUCGGAUAGUGGGAGGCACUGAGGCGAGGCCAGGAGCGUGGCCUUGGCAGGCCAUCCUCUACUACAAUGGCAAAUUCCAGUGCGGGGGGUCCCUUCUCUCCAAUCGCUGGGUCGUGAGCGCCGCUCACUGCUUCGGAGCUUCGGCUCCGCCAGUGCUGUCGAUCCUCUGCCACCCACUCGAGUGCGAUCCGGGACUGUUGGGAGAAACAGCCGAACACCAAGAGAGGCUUUAUCCACAAAGCGCCCACGUGUCCUCUCGUGUCAUUACAGUAGUAGCCAAGCGGGAAGCUGGACGGUCUACCUGGGCCUUCAUUCCCAGCAGCGAUCUCAAUUCCUCCACCGUGGUGGCCAGGAACGUGAGCAGGGUCAUCGUCCACGAGCGCUACAACACAACCAGCCACGACUACGAUAUCGCUCUCAUGGAGCUGUCUGACAGCGUCUCCUUCACCGAUUACGUCCAGCCCGUUUGCCUGCCGGCCCGCUUUCAGAGGUUUCCCUACCCGGGGAAAUCGUGCUUCAUUUCCGGCUGGGGCACUCUGAGUUACGGUGGUGACCUGCCCAACGUACUCCAGGAAGCCGCGGUGGCGAUAAUGAGCCACUGUGUCCUGCCGGGCGCCGGGGCGUAUUCGGCGGACCAGAUCACCAAUCGCAUGCUGUGCGCCGGAUAUCCCGAGGGUCAAAUCGACACCUGCCAAGGAGACUCCGGAGGCCCCAUGGUUUGCCAGGACUCCAACGGCCGCUGGUUCCUCUCGGGCAUCACCAGCUGGGGCGACGCCUGCGCCAGAGCCAACAAACCCGGCGUCUACGGCCGUGUCACCAAGUUCCUCGAGUGGAUCCGCGUAAAAUCGCAGUAGCCGCGCGCGCGUGGCCACGCGUCCAGCAGGCGCGCGCAUGCGAUUGGCGGUCCGUAACAGCGAGGGCCACAACCGUGUGAUUAAAUUAUUUUUCCUCUUGUCGAUCGCGAUUGCCAUGUGCCGAGUGAGACAAUAAACUGCUGUUGACGUUCGUA